ACAUUUUGAUUUCAACUCAAUAUUCAACCCCAGGCUUUGGCUCAUUUGUUUCAAUGGCUAACACCAUUUUUGGAUCAAAUAAUCACCAUAAGAGCAAAGCAGUUCACCUUAUAGGACUGUUUUGUCUCUUUCUGUUGGUAAGCAAGGCUCAAGCAAGGGAGUUCACUGUUGGUAAUUCUAGAUGGGAGGUUCCUGCCACCUCCACACAAAGUUACAAUCAAUGGGCAGAAAAUAACCGUUUCCAAAUUGGAGACUCGCUAGUUUUUGUCUACUCACCAGAUAAGGACUCGGUGCUUGAAGUAACAAAGGACGCCUACGACAACUGCGGUACUGACACCCCGCUGACCAAAUACACGGACGGCCACACCGUCGUCGGCUUGAAUCGUUCUGGUCCAUUCUAUUUCAUCAGUGGAAACAAAGACAACUGCCUCAAGGGUGAGAAGUUGAUAGUGGUUGUCAUGGCAGACAGGAGCAAUAGCUCUGCACCUCCAACUGCUUCCCCACCGACCCCUCCAGCUUCAGUGCCAGCUCCAGCUCCAGCACCCGCCGGGGAGUCCCCUCCCUCAGGAGCGGUGGAGAUUAACCCAACGCCAGCACCUACCGAGCAGCCUCCCCCAACGUCAGCACCUACCGAGCAGCCUCCCCCAAGUGCUGCUUCUUCAACCUUCGUCAGCGUUGCAGGUUCUAUUGGAGCAUUUCUCGCUUCAUCUCUUCUUCUAUCAUUCUAGUCUAGAAAUUUGCUUGGUGAGAGUCAUUUUUUCUUUUUUGGGUCCUUUCAUUUUCAUCAUGAUUUUCCCUAGCUCGAGCUCAUUGAGUUCAGCUGGGUAUUAAUUUCUGAAUAAGCUGUAAACCGAUAGCUAUGGUGUAUGGUGUGUGCUUGUUUGUAAAAUAAAUGGAUUUUCUGAUG